AUGGACCCUUUAUCGGGUCAAAAAGGUAAACGGCAGUCAAAGUUGCUGGUCACUAUGGGCUUUGAGAUGAGAAACGAACAGGAAGAGAAAAUGGAGAAUGCGUUCCUAAUGGUCCACAGUCGUAUAAAUGGCCUAUCUGAGCGGGACAGCCAUGAAGUAUUGAUACAAAUCAUAUCUGAAUCAAAGGUGAUGCAUGAGUCGGCAACUGGUGGUCUUCUAUACGGGUUAUUGGUAGAGCCUCAAAACGCCCAAAAGUAUUUUGCCUUGUUAGCCGUGGCAGCUAAUGAUGCUUGGUAUUGUGCACUUUGUAAUGUUAAUAUGAUUGUUAUCGAGCUCUACCCGAAACUUAGACCGGAAGCCAGGGAACAAAUUUGGUUUUUUUUUCGUGAGGCAAUAAGGGCGAAUGUGCCAAAAAUUGACAACGUUCUGAAUAACUUGAUUAGAACUCUUAAUGAUGGUUUGGAGUUAAAAGACAUCAAGGCAACUCUUAAUGCUGUAACUUCUUUGUUGAAUGCCAAUUAUCCAUGGCUUUCAAGUUUGAGACCGAAGGCAUCAUUGAUUCCCGUCACACUGCAGACGUUUUCUAGGUUUAUUUGUGAUCUGAGUGCUUAUCCUCAGUGUGAUACGUUACGGAAUCAGAUGAUUGUUCUGUGUGAUUGGUUGCUUCGGGAACGUUUUCUUGAUUGCGCUCAAUUAGGACGUGAUCUCAUCUUGGUGAUCAUGCGCAUGUCUAAAGUACCGCAGUUCGCUGUUAUAUGGCGUCAACUGUUUUUCGAACCUACAAAAUUAGCACCAAAUUUUGGUGGUGUUGAGGAAUUAAUGAGUCGGUCCUUUGCAAACUUUCAAACUUAUCGAGUUUCCGUCGCAAUCCAAAGAAAAAUGGAAUUUAUUUUGAAACUGAAAGCUCCCGCUCAUGAGAAGCAUUUGGAAUGGUUCCGCAAACAGAUACUUGCAUGUCGUUUUUACUUGCAGCACUUGAGCAAUCCUGAGGCUGGUAAUUUGCGUGCAGAAGCUAUUCGAUGCGCACUUUAUAUUCCUUUUGGUCCUGAUUCACCUCCUACCGCACCUGACAUGAAAGUCAUGUUUAUAUCGUCUCUCCUUUCCGGCGCUAUGGCAGGUGUUGAGCAGCAAUGGUGCAAGUUGCAACUUUUUUGGGAUUGGUUUUGCUUCGAUUCGUCAAAUCCUGGUGCACAUUUGGCUAUAGAACCGGGUUUUUGCGUUAUCAAGCAUCUUUUGCACAGCCAACAUCUUCUGGCAAAUUCGCUAUUGGAUUUUCUUGUCCGUAUGAGUAGUGAAUUGUGGCCUCCGAUGCAGUCUCGAGUUGUUUCUUCUAUUAUUAACGCGUUUAAAUCUGUAGCGGACCAUAAUAUCAAUCUGUCUAUUUCUUCGGUGUUGGAGAAUUCAUUUGUUCCAAAGAAUUUAAGGGACACUUUGAGGGAGACUUUUAAAGGUCUUGUGCGUUCUCCGCCACCGCAAUCGCCAAGUGUUGCUUCAACAGAAAAAACUGAAUCGCCUACGCCUUUAUUGGUCGAUACAGACACAGAGUCUGUUGAAAGUGAAUCUCGUUUAUCAAUCUCCGAAGUAAGCGAGUCUGCUGCUUUAGCUAAUGGAAGCGCUCUUUCUGCUUUUGAUGAGGAGGCCAAUGAAGACGAAGAGGAGGAACAUGAAUCAUGUAUAGAGAAAAUUACUGACCUUCUCCCAGCCCUUAAAGAAGAGUUCAGAGACGCAAUUGAAAGCUUAGCGCAGGCAUCGAAUACUGAAAUUGAUAUGAGUGAUAUGAUGCAGAAAUUGUUGUCGAAUGUUUUAGAAAACGAGGACCUGCUUGAUGAGGAGCAAACAGAACUACUUGCAGAGUGUCUACUCACGAUUUUCGGGAAACGUUUAAAACCAAAAAAACCGUUUCCUCCUCGUUUCAAUCAGUCUCCCGAGUAUUCCUUUUUCAUUAAUUGGGUCCUGGUUUCUAGAUUUUUGGACGAGAUCUUUAAUCACCCUAUUUACAUAAUUUUUCGCAACCUUUGCUUAACUCCUGAUGGUGAUGCGACACGACAACCACUUUUGUCCCUAAUAGCAGAAAUUUAUGAGAAGUGCUCUGCAGUUUCGUACCUGCUAUUGUUCUUUCUUAGCUUGGGACUGAAUGAUCAAAAUGAUUCGUACGUAUCGGCCUACACAGAUCUUUGUCGCCUCUUGGAAAGAUCCGUUAUUGAGCAGCUGGUUAAAGAUCUCGAGCAGUGUCAUGUUGAUGACUAUGUGCUGUUCGGACACCUAGUGCCAUUCGUUUAUGCAAAAUUUCCUACGGAAGCGAUGAGUAGCCCUGAACUUAUGAAGCUGCUUGCUGAUUCAAUUGACGGUCAUCAAAUCGCUGAUAUUGUUGGAGAGAUUAUUGAAGAGAACAUAUCGCUUUUCAGGAAGGACUCCUUCACGACUAUUGUUACUGCAUCAUACUCAUGGGACACUUUGUCAAAACUAAUCUUCUGGCAACUUGUACAUGCUGAAAACGUACCCGUCGAAUGGAUGAUGCCUCUUUUGCCAAAAAUACAACUGAAUGAGCAUGCCGAGGCAGUUACGAACGUGUAUAUUAUGCUGCAAAGGAUGGAUCGGGAACCGACAAUGAAUUUAAUUAGAAUAUUACUUUCGAGGAGACCUCCGGAUUAUUUUGCAGUCAAAUGUUUAAGAAUUUUGAUACGAGAGCAAAGCAGUGCGCUUCGAGUAGCCGAGCACGUUGGAAACCUUAUUGACAAGCUAAUUCAGUCCGGUGACAUUCACCCAUCAACUGUCAAGCAAAGGCGGGGAGCCCCAAGGAACGUCUGUCUGGAGCAUGUCUUUGCACAUCUGGACAAUUUUAGGCAGACGUGUUUAUCCGAUUCUGUCAAGAAAGAGAGGAAAGACGCUGCUGAAAGUUUUUUGACGCUCCCUCCCCUUCAGAAUGCUUUUUCUUUAGCAAGAGGAGCAGAAAAGAUAUCGGACCUGAGGAUACGCUUUAAUGAAUUAUUUGCCGUCAUUGAGAUCUUGAGUGAUGAUCCUGGUCAAAGUUCCCGUUCUAGAAGGUAUAAGACGCAAAAGAGGCUAAUCGAAAAUAAUGAUGUGAGUUCACCACAUCCAUUUGCUGGUGCCGUUCACACGGACCUUUGAGU